AUGGCAAAGUUUCAUCUGCUCUUAUUUUCUUUAUUCACUACUCUUGCACUGGUGGAAGUGGGAAACUCCGCUCCUGCAUCAAUUUCUCCAGAAGCUUACUGGAAGCUUAAGCUGCCUUACACUCCCAUGCUCCAAUCCAUCAAGAACAUACUACCCCCAUCUGGAGCUGAACUAACAAAUAUGCCACUUAAAGGAAGUACUAAAGAAACAUUAGCUUCUACCAAUGGCUACAUUGGUUUGUUGUCUUACGAUAAUAAAAAAGGAUUAGCAUCUACCAACGGCUACAUUGGUUUGUUAUCUUACGAUAAUAAAAAAGAAUUAGCAUCUACCAACGGUUACAUUGGUUUGUUAUCUUACGAUAAUAAAAAAGCAUUAGCAUCUACCAACGGUUGCAUUGGUUUGUUAUCUUACGGUGAUAAAAAGGAAUUAGCAUCUACUAAAGGCUACAUUGGAUUGUUAUCUUACAAUAAAAAAGGAUUAGCAUCUACCAACGGCUAUAUUGGUUUGUUAUCUUACAACGCAAAAUCUGUUAAUACCAAAGAGUCAGUCCAUGUUGAUGAUAAUGUUAAUAGUGCAACCAAAGAUCAAGUUUUCUUUGUAGAGAAAAACCUACGCUUUGGUACAAAAAUGACCUUGCACUUUCAAAAGAGCAUAAAAAAGGGUUUCUUCCUACCUCGCCAGCUCUCCAACAAGAUCCCUUUCUCAUCUAAAAAGAUACCCGAAACCCUCCAAAUUCUUUCCUUGGACCCUAAAUCAAAUGAAGCCUAUGUUCUCUCGAAGAGAAUCGAGCUUUGUGAGGAGCCUACAAUCGAAGGAGUGGAGAAGAAAUGUGUGACCUCACUCGAGUCCAUGGUAGACUACGUUAUCUCCAUGAUUGGUACAAAUGUGAAAGCACUUACAACACAAGUAAAGAAAGACUCGAAAAUGGAGUACACAAUCUAUGGGGUGAAAAGACUAGUAAAAAAUGAUCAUGAGACCGUAGUUUGCCACAAGAUGGGCUACCCUUACGCCGUGUUUUUCUGCCAUAGGACAAAGACAAUAAGGUCUUACAUGGCUUCCUUAGUAGGCAAAGAUGGUACCAAAAUAGAAGCAGUUGUCGCGUGUCACAUGGAAUCGAAUGAUUUCUUGGACAAUUACGCGAAAAUUGUUCUUAAAGUUGUGCCGGGAAGUACACACAUUUGCCAUUUUCCGGCUGCUGAGGAUACCGUUAUAUGGAUGCCUAAGUGA